AUGCCGAGGCGAGCUACACUUUACGAGGAACUCUCUGUUGGAACGAGGCUUGCGAUACGAACGCUCAUACCGCCUCCCCAGCAGCGUGAACCCCUGAGAUGGAACAACUUCCACCGUGCCUUCGUCUACUUCAUUCCAUUCCUGUUCAUGGCAUACCUCGUGCGCAGGGCUCACACGUAUCCCAUCCGUUUGCUGCUGCUGCCAACGUUGAUCACAAGCACGAUAUAUUCUACAUACCACUUUAGAGUGGACGAUCCGUCAUGCGUGAUGCUGGAUUGGCUCAGAUGCAUGAUGGCCUAUUACAUCAUCUCAAAGUCCCUGAACUUCGGUUUGACGCCAGGAGGUCGGUUCAAGAUUGGCGAGAAGCGAUUGCUAGACAUUAGCGAAACAGAACACCAGCCUCGCGGCGGAAAGCAAUCACUGCUUCCUACAUGGCUCGCCGAUGCCUUGGAAGUGACUUUUGUCGUUCGAGGGUUCGGUUGGGACUUUGGUAAGGGUGUACAUGCGCCCCCAGACUCCCGCUCAAUGGAGCGUCGGACCUUCCUCCAAGCAACCGCCUUGUCUUUCUUCAAGAACGUCUUCAUCACUGAUCUCAGCGAUUCGUUACUCAAACUUGUGCCAGGAGUAGGCUCAGUAAAGGGAGGCUCUAUAUUCAAGCCCGAACUCCCAACCUAUCCCCGCUACACCCUGUCUACAACCAUCCACAUCGCCGGAGGAACCAUGGUCGUCUGUGGCCUCGAGGCGUGUUAUGACCUUGCUACGCUCAUUGCAGUCGGUCUGUUGGGGCACUCUCCUCCUAACUGGCCACCACUAUUCGGCGGUCCUUGGCGUGCCACAUCGCUACGGGAGCUCUGGGGGGAGAGCUGGCACCAGCUUCUCCGACAUAUGUUCCUUAUUUACGGUGGUUAUCCGGGGUAUUGGUUGGGCGGGCGCGCUGGGAUGGUCUUCGGCGCGUUCCUAGCGUCUGGUGUGUUCCACGCGCUGGCGCUCAAUAUUCAUGAUCACCGCGUUAUAUUGUUCUUCGUUAUGCAAGCCGUUGGAAUCCUCGCAGAGGUUGCUUGGGUAAGAGUAACGGGCAGACGAGUGGGUGGUGUUGUAGGAUGGUUGUGGAAGUCGUUUUUUGUGCUCGUGCUGGGGCAGAUGUGCGUGGAUGCAUGGGCUAUUGGCGGAUUUGCUGGCGCGACACUCGUCCCUAAGCGACUGAGUAUUGUUAGACAGGCCCUGUUUCCUGUAAUGCGACUUGUAUUCCAGCAGCCUUGGCAAUAA